AUGAGGGCGCUGCUCCUGCUCUGCUGCUGCCUGGCCUCGCUGCUGCUUUCAGGACAAGCAGAACUGCAAGUCUCUGCUUCGGGUGGCACAGAAGAUGUUGGCAAUUUGUUGGAGAAUCAUUUCUCUGCUGGAGAUGCAAGUCUAGAGGAGAAAGAAAGGGCGCUUUAUGCAGAUGCGGCCCCUGGAGACAAGAACCUGCUCCUUCACUACCCAGACGGCAGGGAGGCUGAGAGCUUGGAGCAGACCCCAGCAGGGGUCCCUUCCACUGCCAACGGCCAGGGCUCCGAAUCGGAAGCUAGCCUGUCCAAUACCUCAGCUGCAGAGUCUGCUCCAUCUGGGGAUGCUGAAGGGCCUGGGGAGGAAGAGAAGGGCCCAGCAGUAGCAGACACCCUUCCUCCAGGAGGGGUGGAGGGGCCAGAAGAAGGGAGGCCAGAGUUCAGUUCUGGAGAGGAACCGGGACAGGAUGAGGCUGCCAGUGUGGGGGCAGAAGUACAAGAGGGAAGUAGUGAGGUCCCUGAGGAAUCCCAGGGAAUCUUAGGAGAUAGCCCCAUGAAAGAAGCAGCAGCAGGGACAACAGAGUCUACAGCCACCCAAGUCUCUCCUAGCAUAGAGGGUGAAGAGGUCUAUACAGUGGAGGCAAACGGUGAGGGCAACAUAGGGUAUGGUCACCAAUCCACAGAGCUAGAUGGAGUUCAGGAUGCCACACAUACUGGAGAUAAAUCAGAGGCUGCCAUGGCUGCCAGAGCCAGAGAAGGGGCAGAGGACCAGCCCCAGGACCAUGCCCUGCAGUCAGAAGAUGAAUCCACUGACCUGGAUGCAGUCUCCGACAGCAUGUCUUCUCGAGUAGAGGCAGAAGAAGCUGCAGAAGGAGCUGCAGAAGGAGCAGUUGACCAGGGUCAAGUCCAUUCCUCUCAAAAAGAAGUUGAGGCUAGCCCAGGGCCUAGUCACCAGCCUACAGAGGUAGUUACAGCCCUGGAUGCCACAUCUGCUGGAGAAGAAUCAAAGGCUGAGGUGGAUACAGAAGCUGGGGGGGAGGUUGAGGACCAAGGCGAGCCUAGACCUAGCCAGGAGGCUGGCUUCGCUAUAGAGGCCAAUGAAAAGUCUGGGGACAUCCAGAGUUCCAAGGACAGGGAAACAAAGAACUACCUUCCUGAGGGCCAGGUAUCAGGGAUGCCUGAGGAGGGCCUGACUGAAGCCUCCUCUGAGGAAGAGGGUGGUGAAGAAGGUGGAAGUGAAGAGGGAGGAGCUCCAUCUAAAGAAGAGUCUGAAGAAGACAGUGGUGAUGGAGCUAGCUCAGAAGAAGAAGGAGACGUCACCGUGGAGGCUGGAGAGCCCCAGAAAGCAGCAGGAACCACAGAACACAAGGAGCAAGGCACCCAGCUUGGUGUAGAAGAUUUGGACACAGGGUCUGAGAGUGGCAAGACCCAGGAAACAGAGGCGGAGGCAUCCAAAGAGAGACAACAGGGGAGAGGGAAUCCUGUAAUUGCUCAUCAGGGUAGGAACUCAUUCCUUUAG